AUGUCUACCCCCACCGACGGAAAUGUCACUGUCAGCCACCUUCAACCGAUCAUUCUCCACGCUCACCCUACAUCGCCCAACCCGCACAAGAUUGCCAUCGCGCUCGAAUACCUUCGGGUUCCGUACACUGUGCGACUAUGGCAGUUCGGCGACGAUGCCCGGCGGGGCGUGAAGGGAGAAGACUUCCUUCGCAUCACGCCGAAUGGUCGAGUGCCAGCGAUUGAAGACUCGAACACCGGCGUCGUCGCGUGGGAAAGCGGCGCCAUCAUGAACUACCUCAAGCGCCAGUACGACACGACCAACGUGCUCGGGCCUAAGUCCAAAGGCAAGGAAUUCUCCGAACAGGACCGAGUCGACUUGGAGACCUGGGAGUACUUGCUCUUGACUACGCUCGCGCCCAUGACUGGCCAAGCUGUGUGGUUCCGGCACUAUCAUGUCCCCAGGAACGAGGAUGCUCUCGACCGGUACACGAAGCAGGUAUACCACUACCUAGGCGUGCUAGAGGGCCAACUUGGAAGAAGCGGAGGCCGAGGCACAGGCGAAGGCAGAGGCGAAGGCACGGGAGGAGUUACGGGCGGAGGCACCGACACAGGCAAGGGCACAGGUAUGAGUAUGAGUAUCCUUCCCGGUGGCAUUUCUUCUGUCGACUGCCACUUUUUCCCGUGGGUACGACCGUUCGAAUACGUCGGGAUCUCGCUGGACGGAUUCCCCCUGGUGUCGAAAUGGUGCGGUUUCAUGGCAGAGCAGCAGGAGGUCAAGGACGCUUAUCAGAAGAUGCUGGAUGCCACAGCUCUACAGGAUCCUGCGGCUACGAGCCGUGGACUCCAGCCUGACGAGGAGUUGUUGCGUGAAGUGCAGUCGAGGACUCCAUGGCGAGGAGCUGUUGCGUGA